AUGGCACCUCAAUCGACCCAACCUCAAACGCUGCAGCUGAGUGUAACGACCAUGUCCAGAUUAAAGCCAGCAAAAAUAAUGAAGGGAGCCGUGGAACCUCUACCACAACCUCGCCCACCCCAUGUUGGGCCGCGACACAUAACCGGCAUUGCUUUCGAUGAUCGGGGAGACCAAGUUAUUACGGCGUCUGACGACGAGACCUUUCGCUUAUAUAGCUGCAAAUCUGGCAAGCGAGUUUCCUCUCAUUUACAAUCACCCGUUGUGCUGAACUGCUGCUUGUGCAGACAAACCAAGAUCCUCCAUUCCAAGAAAUACGGUGUCGAUUUGCCUCGAUUCACACAUAAAAAUACUGCUAUUCUACACGCGUCGACCAAGGAGGAUGACACCGUUCGAUAUCACUCCUUGCACGACAACAAAUAUCUACAAUACUUCAAAGGCCACAAGGGUCGCGUGGUGUCACUAGAGAUGUCUCCCGUUGACGAUGGCUUCAUGUCUGGCUCGGAGGACCGCACUGUCCGUCUUUGGGAUCUCCGCGCUCCGACUUGUCGCGGUCUCUUAACACUUCCCGCCACGCCCCUCGUCGCUUACGAUUCUACUGGUGUCGUAUUUGCCGUCGCGGUGAACCACUACUCCCGUAUACUGCUCUACGACCAUGCCAAUUACGAUAAAGCGCCAUUUCUUGUCAUCACCCUCGAGGACCCCACCCUUGGUCUUGUUUCCUUCCCCCCACGACCAAUAUACAUGACUUCGCUUGCCUUCUCGUCCAAUGGCAAAUAUCUGCUUGUUGGUUGCUCCGGCGAUGCGCAUUACAUCCUAGAUGCCUUCGAGGGCCACUUGCUGGCAAAACUGGAAGGGCAUGUUGGUUUAGAGCGUCGCACAUUGUCCGCUCCUACGACUAUUGAGCCAGCCAAAGGUUGUAGUGGGGAAGAAGUCGGUUGGACCCCAGACAGUAAAUUUGUCAUUAGCGGAAGCCUAAACGGGAAAAUUCUGAUAUGGGACACUCAAAAUCUACCUUCAAAAGCGGGUGACGUCGACUUAAAGGUUCCUCCGUUAAGAAUUCAGCCUACCGUCGCCCUUGAUGGACAUCCUGGACCGUCCAGAUGUGUUCGAUUUAACCCUCGUCUUGCGAUGAUGUGUUCUGCUGGGGCUGAACUGGCGUUCUGGCUGCCGGAUAUGGCAGGGGAGGCCGAUGAAAUUGCGCAGAAUCUAUAUAAGAAACGCGCCAUCUGA